AUGAAAAAUAAUACACCUCGCCAUGACGAUCGUCGCUCCAUGGUUUCUGUUUCCAGUACUGGCAGUAGUAGCUUGAUGGAGAUAGCAAGUCAACGAUCAGUUGGUGGUCAACUGCGGAAAUUCACUGCUGCAGUGGGGAAGCCAGGGCAGGCCCGAGAAGCCCGUGAAGCAGUACGAACAGCAAUGAGCACAAUGAACCCGACGGUUAUUUUUGCAUUAUUUAUUUGGCGCAAACGACCAUUAGCGGAACCAUUGGAUUAUGAGAAGUUUUUGGGUGAAAACAGUUCAAUAAUAGAAAAUCUUAGUCAGCGAGAGCUGUUACUGUUUCCGCGCGAUGACUUCACGGAGAUAUCAGUAUCUCCAUUGGAACGUACUGUGAUGCCAUCAUUAAGUGUGCGUGAGGUAACAGAUGCAAAAUGGUUACUUACGCAAGAAGCCCUUGCAUUUUAUACUGCUCCGCAUCGUGUCGAGUUAGAGGGUCGCUGUAGUUUGGAUAUUAUUCGAGAAGGAUUCUUGUUCCUUGUUCCAGAAACUAGUCUUUUGGAUAAUUUCAAGAGCAUGAAGAAACGUUACUGUGUGCUGAGAAAAGAUGAAGAUGGAAAAGUUCUACUAGAAAUGCGCAAAUCACAAUUUGCAGCAUUAACACAUCCACCAAUGAUUGUGCAACAAGCGGCUUUGUCGACUAGUAAAAAGGGCAGAAAUGUUCUUGAAGUGAGUGGAUCUGGUGCAGAAAGGCGUUCAUGGGUUUUGGCAGCAGAUUCUGAUAGCGAUUUACCUCGAUGGUUAAUUGAAAUUGAUCGUGCUUUGGCUGGCGACUGCAAAGAUGGGACGGCUUCAACGAGUACUAACUUAGAACAAGAAUCAUCAGGCAUGGAAACAACAAGAAUGAGUGAGGAACAGAUCUCUAUAGUAAACAACGACCCUAGUGAGCUAUUUGGGACUUGUUUUUGGGCUGGACGUAACGCUGCCUCAAAAGCCUUGCAACCGCCUGUUGUUAAAAGACGUUCACUUUUCGCACUGUAUCCUGAUCUUGAUCGAUUAUCAAUGCCAAAAAGUGAAGCGGGUUGUUUGUUGGCGAAUGUUGUUGCGAAUGAGGUAACAAGGUCUCCGGAAAAUAAGGCUGUUGUUCGGUUUAUUGUUGAGUUCCAGAAUUUGAAUAUUAUGUUACCUGUUUCAAGUACAAAUGUGCAACAGAUUGAACCUUUCUUUCUACGCAUGUUUCUAUACGAUUGUCGAGCUGGUCAGCGAUUGUCCGAGGAGUUUCGAAUUGAUCCGAACAGCGACGGAUUAAUUGCAUCGUUAAAAAUUGGUGGCAGAGAUGGAGUUGGCAAGAGUUCAGUUGAUAAAAGCACGUUGGAAGAAGAUGGUGUUACUACUUUGUCCCAGCGAAUACUUGCCGAUAAAAACGUUCGAAAGAUUUUAUAUUCAGUUGCUAAACCUCAUCGUGAUAUUUACUUGGUUAUUCGUGUUGAUCGACUGCUUUCGGUUGAUACAUCGGCAGAAAUGUAUAUGAAAACAACAAGUGAUUUAAAAGGUGUUGCAAAGCUGCAAAAAGUAAUUCAGCAAGCUUGUUCGAGAGCAACUCAGGACAAAAUGUGUUUUGCUUGGGCUGCAAGGCCUGUAUUUCAAGAAAUGUUGGGUUAUGGAACGAAAUCGCCAAAUGAAAUACAACUUUAUCGUUGUGAAGGAAAUAGACUAAGUGACGGCGAUUUGCAGAAAAUUCUCACUGACUUUGGACGAAUUGAAAAAUCCGGAAGAUUAACACAAUUACCGGCGGCAACGAUCAGUGUCAAUAUUGACUUUUCGCCAAAGGCACCUGAUUUAUCAAUGUGUAUAAAUUCGAGUUUUAUGCCUGUACGUCCGUGGAAUGUAACAUCAGAUAGCCUUGUACCAGCUUGCUUUGAAGCCCAGUGUUUCAAUGAUUUAAUUAGCGAACCACAUACAAGUCUUUUCAACUUACUCUAUGUAUAUCCAUUAACACUGAAGUAUGAUAGCCAGAAAGCGUUUAGUAAAGCACGUAAUAUCGUGUGUACUAUACGUUUCAUUUCUGUAACCAAAAAAGAAGGCAUAUCAAAAGUCAUUUACAACCGAUUUGCAUCACCUACACCAUUUGUACACAGCAUGCGUUGCUCAGUGCAAUACCACGAACAAAAUCCAGUCUUCAGUGAUGAGAUAAAGAUUCAACUUCCAGUUUCAUUAGAUACAGGCGAUCAUUUAUUAUUUUCAUUUAGUCAUGUGUCAGUUGCAAGUACCGUUUCAAACAAAUCACAGAACGAGAAUUCUGAUAGUCCUAUUGGAUAUGCUUGGUUACCUCUGUUAAAGAAAGACCGUUUGAUAAUCGAACGCGAUAAUCAGGAGUUUUCUUUAUCAGUGGCUACCGAUUUACCGCACGGUUAUAUAAGCUACCAAUCACUAGGAUUUGGAAAAGGGGCGAGUUAUUCCUUAUGUUACGAUAUUCAUACUGGACCAGAUAUCCGUUGGGUGGAUAAUGGCAAACAGUUAUUUCGUGUUCGCCUGCGGCUUGUUUCUUCAGCAUUUACAACCGAAAGAAAGUUGCAAGCAUUCUUUCAAAGUUGUCAGAGGUUUCAACGUGCGGGUCUCACUGGUGAUGUAUCGUCAAAAACUAAAUGGUUCAGUCUGCCAGGUUCAAUUUCACCAGUUAGCAAUACACCGUCGUCUCCUCCCUCAUUAGUGGUCACGCGUUCCUGUUCACCAUCUUUCGAAAAUCAUGGAUUAUCACAGGAAGAAAAUUUUUGGCAUUACGUAGUACGGAAAAUUGAGGAUCUGUUGGAAGUCGACAUUGAUCAAAUCAUACCAUUCCUGCCAAUAACUUUGAAUCGGUUAUUCACAUUGUUGACAUAUUCGUUUACCGAUGAUAUGGCUCUGAGCACUUUGGGUACGCUGAUUGGUAUUACUGAUAAAAUUGCCGCGGCAGGUCAAAAUCAUCUUUUGCGUACAUUUGUUAUUUAUUAUUUUCAAUCAGCAGCAGUAAGAAGCAAAUCAAGCUCUGACGAUGAAACUGUGCAUUCAGCCUUGUGCAAGCAUAUUACUUCACAUAUCAGCUAUAUUGAGACAGAUAAUGGUUCACUUGCCUUAGUAUUUCGGCAGCUUUGGUUCCUUUUGGUCGUUGUUGCAAAGAGUAUGGUAUUAUGGUUGCUUGAUAUCGGUUUGUAUAAGGUACCAAGAGAAAAUCGUUUUUCACGAGAAUUGCUGUUUAGAAUUGAACAGUUAAUUGAUAAGGUUGUUCUGCUUAUUACAGCAAAACAUCGAGAAAUUCCUCAGGAGUGUCAACUGGCAAAUUCAGCUGUAGCUUAUUUCUUAAGGUACUGUUUGAGUUUUCUGAAUCGGGGGUCAGUAUUUUCUUGGAUACAUCGCACCAUUGAAAGUAUGGAUGAAAGUUGCUCAAGGACUAUGCUUGAUUAUAAACUGGAAUUUCUGCAAAUAAUUAGCGGUCAUGAACACUGGAUACCACUAUGCUUACCGCUGAUAUGCGACGUUUCCGGAAAUAUUUUUAAGAGAAACAGUUCUUUAAGUACAGAUAGCAUAUUCACGAAUUCUAAUACCGGCAGUCUGUUUACCAAUUUAUUUACGAAAUUUUUUUCAUCUCCGAUAAACAGUGGAAGUGGAAAUGAUUACUUUUGCUAUAGUCGAUGUUCGGAGGAAUUCAUCAUGUCCACUUCAUAUUGCAGACACCACUUUCCAGUUGGUUUAUUGUAUCAGGAACUAGACGCAUCACUUCGUGAACCGCGUGAUUAUCGGCGAAGAGUGAUUGCACUAUUGAGGAACUUAUUUGCAAAACAUGCUAGUGAUAAACGUUAUAUGGAUACUAGUGCUCAAAGUUCUAUUGCUACACUGUAUUCUCCCUUGAUCGGUUUAGUGCUUGAUAAUGCGGCAGAAUUUGAAUCAUCUGCUAAAUCGGAUCCACAAAGCCUGUCACCUACCUGUCUUAGUACUACUGGUCGGUCGUUAUCCUUACCAUCACAUGGACUGCUAUCUAAAGUGGGGUGUUCCCUGAAAAGUGUUUCUUCGCAUCAAUCUUAUGCAGAAAAACUCAGUCCUCCUUCAUCUGUACCUUGUAUCGCUGGUUUAAUGGAAAAGUUGGAUCGAAGUGAAUCAAGAGAUUUGAUGUUGUGCACUCUUUAUUUAUUACAUUUCCUACCACGUAAAAUAUUGGCUGCAAUGAUAACUCGUUAUGAAUCGAAUGGUUCGUUGAAUAGUUUCAUCUGUUUAUUGCGUACUGUUCUCGACUUGUUCAGAUAUCACGGCAAAAAUUACACUAUGCAACGGACAUCCAAUAAAAUACGAGGCACACGAAAGACAAUAGUAAUUCUACCGCAUUCCGGCUCAUCCGCUGGAACAUUGGGAACUAAUUCGACAACACUAGAUAGUCACACAUCAAUAUCGGGUGAUUUCAGUUCUCUCGGAAUAGAUCCACUCUCAGCAAAACCAUGCAUUGAAACUGAUGUAGGGGGCGCAACUCCAUUUAGCGUACUGCAGGAAUCAAAUCUGACUCAAGAAAUAGCUUUGAUUGUUUUAGAAACUGUACAAGUUUUGGCCCAGCAUAUUUCGGCAAAAGCUGUACGACAUCACACCCUUGGUGCGCUUGCUGUCUUUGUUGGUUUGGUAAGUUUUCAACUUCGUAUUUUGACUGAUGUCGUGUUUCGCAUCCAACUUUUCCAAAGUGGUCCUCUGGACGGCUUGGCGCUAUUGAUCGAAUCACUUUUACUGCAGAUGAACAGUCGACUUCCGAAAAUUCAAAGUGCUGCUACUGCACUUUUACAUCUCAUUCUUAAAAAUGGUUACGACUUCACCUCGAAGACAGUGCGCUUUCCUAUGGCUAAUUUAAAUGCAACAAAAUCCCCGAAAAUAUUCGAUGUGCAGCGACUUGGUCGACCUGGUUCUCAGACUGGCGUCGCAUUAGCUAAACUACUUGGGAGGAAAGUUCCUCUUACCAAUAAAAGCCGUUUCGAACACGGGCUGGAAAUUUUGGAAAUGUUAGUGAAACCUCAGUCUGGAACCAGACCAACAUAUUUUGAGCGAGGAGUGGAAGAAUUAAUUCAACAAUUGCGAGGUGUCCUUUCGGCGACUGAUGCUCUUGCGAAAGCUGUUGACGACCCCAUUCGGUUGGCAGAUUUACAUGUACAGCUCGCUGAUAGCUAUCGAGGAUCGGCAGCGUUAAGAAGUGCUUGGUUUGAGACACUUGCUGAAACACACAUUCGUGAGCGUUGGUUUUCUGAAGCAGCUGUUUGUGAAGCUCAUGUCAUUGCUAUCAUUGGUCGGGAGCUUGCUAUCAAUGGAUGUGCGAAAAUUGACUGGGAUUUGCUGGCUUGUAUCAAUGAUACGAUAGCUAAGGAAGAAAUUGUAAAUGAUACAGAUUCAGAAAUUAUACAGCAAGCAGGAUUCAGUUUGGACACUUUCACCACAAAAGUAGAAAAAUUAGUUCAAACGUUAAUCAUGGCUGAACGAUAUGAAGCAGUGGGACCGGUUUGUCGUUUAGCAAUUCCAAUAUAUGAACAACAAAAAAAUUACCGAGCUUUGGUUGGUAUAUAUGCCGAAUUGCAACAAACAUUUGCCUUAGCUGAUCAAAUGAAAGUCAGUGGCAAACGACAUCUUGGAACGUAUUUUAAAGUACUUUUCUAUGGACCUAAACAUUUUGGGGUGCAACACGCUACUGAGUGGGUUUAUCGUGAAGUAGGUCAUACCUCGUUGGCAGAAGCCUGUGAGCGUAUGACGGAUGCAUGCCGUUGUAUUCUUGGCCAUAAUCGAGUACAAAUUAUUGCAGGAAGAGAAAUUGAUGAAACCAAAUUGGAUGAAUCGAUAGCUUAUGUACAAAUGAUGCAUGUUGAACCGUGCAUGAAUGGUUAUGACGUUAGCAGCUAUGAAGCUCAUACAAACAUGCGAGAUUUCUUUUAUGAAGUAUCGAUGAUUGAUGAAAAAGUGGCAGCCAAUGCACCCCAAGUCGCUCGACAAGCACUUAAACGUAUUUUUAUUACGGGUGAAAUAGAAGAUAGCUUCCCGAAUACACGACGCCGUUCACGCGUCGUGAAUCAGUCUGAAACAUCGUUAUCACCGUUAGAAUUAGCAUGUGAUAAAUUGAUUUUCAAAUCAAAACAAUUGCGACGAAUAUUAGACGCAGCUUCAGCCACUGGUGAGCCAAAAAGACGUCUGGAUGUCAAAGGAUUGCAAUUGUUGUUGCAGGGCGCUGUGCAACCUACUGUGAAUGUUGGUCCUCUUGCCUAUGCAGAAGCAUUUACUACACCAACGCAGAAAAUUCUUUAUGGCCGAAGUGGUAUUGAAAAAUUGGCUGAUGCGUUCAGAUCUCUUGUAUCGGUUUGUGCAGAAGCUUUAGAAGCAAAUGAAGCGGCCAUUGGUGAAGAUCAAGUUGAAUACCAUAACAUGCUGAAGAAUGCAUUUGCAGCAAUGAUGGAAAGGCUAAACGGCUAUUUUGGUGACAUCGUUUCCUUAGACGGUGAUAAAGUUGACAAGCCAUCUACAUCAUCUCCAGAUGAAAUCAGUUCGAGGAACUCCAUGCACAUUCUGGACUCCAUCGGCGGAAUUAGCAGUUGA